AUGCUGGAUAAGCUCGUCUUCGACAUGGACGCAAAGCAGCAGCGGCACCUCAACUCGCUCGGAGCAGAGGUCCCUUGCACACCAGAAACGCACUACGAGACGAGCGCGACGGAGACUUCAUCAAUACUCACUCUGGCGCUCGAGUACCUCGAUGAGAGGGAGCCCGAGGCGCCACUUAUGCACCCCAUCGACAUCUACGAGGCACGGCGGCUGUUAUUGCUACAAGUCUGA